CAGCGGCGCUCUUUACGGCGGUAGCGUCAGUGCGUGACGCUCGAGCUUGGCCGCAAUUUACACGUGGCUGUGUUGGAGGCGCGUGGUUGUUGCUGCCGCUACAGUCGCUGUCGGCACUGCGCUAGCCACUACCAGUAUGAAGCGACCGAAGUUAAAGAAAGCAAGUAAACGCAUGACCUGCCAUAAGCGUUAUAAAAUCCAAAAAAAGGUUCGAGAGCACCAUCGAAAAUUGAGGAAGGAGGCUAAAAAACGGGGUCGCAAAAAGCCUAGAAAAGACCCAGGAGUUCCAAACAGUGCUCCCUUUAAAGAAGCUCUUCUUCGGGAAGCUGAGCUAAGGAAACAGCGGCUUGAAGAACUAAAACAGCAGCAGAAACUUGACAGGCAGAAGGAACAGGAAAAGAAAAGAAAACUUGAAAUUAACCCUGGUGUUAAGCCAUCUAACUUGGAACCUGUGAAGGAGGAAUUUGGGCAUGGCAGAGCUAAGGACAAACCCAAGUCAGGCAAACAGAAUCCGAAGAAGUUGUAUUGUCAGGAACUUAAAAAGGUGAUUGAAGCCUCAGAUGUUGUGCUGGAGGUGCUCGAUGCCAGAGAUCCACUUGGUUGCAGGUGUCCCCAGGUAGAAGAGGCCAUUAUCCAGGAUGGACAGAAGAAGCUGGUACUUGUAUUAAAUAAAUCAGAUUUGGUACCAAAGGAGAAUUUGGAGAACUGGCUAAAUUAUUUGAAGAAGGAAUUACCAACAGUGGUGUUCAGAGCCUCAACAAAUAAAGACAAGGGCAAGAUAAUCAAGCAUUUGAAGGUAAGGAAGAGAGCUCCAUUCAAAAGCGAAGUCUGUGUUGGGAAAGACAGCCUUUGGAAGCUUCUCAGAGGUUUUCAGGAGGCUUGUGGCAAAGCCAUUCAGGUUGGAGUAAUUGGUUUCCCAAAUGUGGGGAAAAGCAGCAUCAUCAAUAAUUUAAAACAAGAACGGAUAUGUAAUGUUGGUAUAUCCAUGGGGCUUACAAGGUGCAUGCACGUUGUCCCCCUGGACAAACAAAUCACAGUCCUAGACAGUCCAAGUCUCAUUGUGUCUCCACUUAACUCUGCCAGCGCACUUGCUCUGAGAAGUCCAGCAAGUAUUGAGGUGGUGAAACCAGUGGAGGCUGCUAGUGCCAUCUUGGCCCAGGCUGAUGCUCGACAGGUAGAAGAACCCCCUUCCCUUGAGUUCUGUCUUCUCUUUCAUCUACUGAAAUUUACUGUUCCAGACUUUAAGAAUCCUGUGGAGUUUUUUACAUCGCUUGCUCAGAGAAGAGGACUGCACCGAAAAGGUGGAAGUCCAAAUUUAGAAGGUGCUGCCAAACUGAUGUGGUCGGAGUGGACAGGUGCUUCCUUAGGUUACUAUUGCCAUCCCCCUACAUCCUGGACUCCUUCUCCACAUUUUAAUGAGGGCAUUUUGACAAACGUGAAACAGGACCUUAAUCUGGACGAACUGGAAAAGAACAAUGCACACAGCAUACGUACUAUCAGGGGCCCUCGUUUAGCCAGCAGCAUCCUUUUCCAGUCUUCGGGUCUGACAAAUGGAAUAAUUGAGGAAAAGGACGUACCUGAAGAACUGCCAAAACAGAAGGAGAAGCAGCAGGAGGAGGGGGAGAACUACAGUGACCUUGACAGUGACCAGGAAAGUGUUGAAGAAGCAGCUGGUGAAAAGAGCUUAGACAUGUCUGGGGCAGAAGAGGCCUGGGAGGCACUGCCUGAGGAGUCUCAAGCAGAUGAGUUCGCACAUUCUUACAUCUCAGAUAAAAUGACUGAAGAGGAAGAUGAUGCUUAUGACUUCAGCACAGACUAUGUAUAACAGAACCUUGUCCUUUUCUUGCUGGGGAACAUUUGGGACAAAGUCUAUGGGCUGAAACCCCACAAUUCCUGAAUCUGCAAAGAACACACAAGAAAGGCAUUGUGAUACAAUCUCAUGAGCUUUUGACAGAGAGCCCAAGACAUGAAAAGAGGUAAGGUGGGGAUUAUACUUACCUCAUUCUCCCCUCAUUAUAAUGUGAGGCAUAUAGCUCAGAAACUCUUCUCCUAUAUUUAACAAGGCUUUUGGAAAAGCAGAAGCAUUAAAAAAAAAAAAAUGGUGGAGUGAAUUCUGAUACACUACUGGUGGGAAUACAACAAUCUCUCAAGAAUGUAUUUUAGCAAUUUGUGUCAAGAGCCUUAAAUGCGGGGUACAUGGCUGGCUCAGUCAGGGGAACUGCGACUCUUGAUCUCAGGAUUGUGAGUUCAAGCUCCACAUCAGGGGUUGAGAUUACUUAAAUAAAUGAACCUUAAACAGGUAUAUCGGCCUCUGAGCCAGUAAUUCCCCUUGUCCUCUCUUAAGGACAAAUCUGAGAAGUUACCCUUGUCCUCUCUUAAGGACAGAUUUGAGAAAAUCAGAAGUCACAAGUUUGUUUAUAAUUGUGAAAACCUAGAAAGAGACUAAACAGUUGUUUUUCACUCUAUGAAUUAUGUCCCAUAAUAGGCAUGAAAUCAAUUCAGUGGGUCACAAUCAGAAUUUGAGUAGGAAAAUGGUUCCUGAAUUGGAAUAGAAUUAGAAAAGUAUCAGACUGCAUCACACACAGCAACUCUAAGUACUGUUUCAUAAGGGUUCUUUUCUGCCUUUUAAAAUAUAUAUUCAUUCAUUUACAUUCAUUGAACACUGAGCACCUAAUAUGUGGAAGGCAGUAUCUAGGCACUGGGGUUGUAGCCAUAAAUAAAACGGAGAAAAUCUCUGCCAUCAUGAAGGACAGACAAUAAGCAAGUACACAUGUAUACUUGUGUGCUAUAUCUAACAUGUUUCUUCAUCAAAAAAAAAGUCUUGAGUCAUUGUACCAAGACUAUUUCCUGUGGAAACAAGCUAUGGGGCAUUAAAAUUAUGUAUGAGGAGUACCAUCAUGGUGACUUGCUUCAGAUACAAUCACAUGGAAAACCUGUCAUGUGCAGUUUAUAAAGUGCAUAAUCUCAUAAUAGAAAAACUAUACACAGGAAGAGAAACCCAGGAAGGUACUAUGCCAGAAUUUUAAUGAUAGUUAUCUCUAAGUAAUGAAAUCAUGUAUUCAAUGAAAAUUUAUUGAGCACCUCCUGUGUACUGGCCAUCAUUUAUAUGCAUGGGAGAUAAAGGAGUGAACAAAUUACUCUCAUGGAGCCUAAAUGCUCUUUUCAUUUUUAUAAAUGUUCCCACUAGAACAUACAUUCCUUUAUGUACAUAGAAUAUGUAUAUAUGUAAAUACACACUUGUAAAAUGUGCUAUCAGAGCACUCAGUAAAGGUCAGGGGAAGGCUAUUAGUCUUUUCUUGCUGUGGUCAACUAUGGUAGGUGGCAAACCCAAAAUGAUUUUUGACAAACAUCGUAAGGCCUCAAACAUCCCUCAAUACCAAAGCAGGAGCAAUAUGAACAACUAAUUUAAAAGAACUGACAAUGGAAUUAUACAGUAAAGUGAUUUUUUUAAUCAGUUGCUAGGCUUGAUGGUUUUGUGUUUCUACUAGAGUCCUAGUGAUACUCUUCCACAGGUUAAAGGAAAGUAACCACACUGACACUAGUAAAUAGGGCAGGCAUCAAAGAGAAGCGUCACUCAUCUGUCCCCACCUUCUGAAGCCCUGCUCUGCUGCAGUGUGAGCAGACAGCAGCCCACAGAGGCUCCCCUAAGGCCUCUGAUGGGGUGAAAAGGGAUCUGCUGUCAGAUCAAACCCUUAACAAAUCUCCACAUAACAGGAGAAGGGGUGGGGGGUGGGGCUGCAAGAGCCUGAGUACCACCACUCCCUUUCCCAGAGUCUAACAGCUUUUGUAAGGACAAGAAGAAAACUUCCUUUUCCUUUAGCCUAGUAAUGUAACUUAGAAUGUUGGGGUACAGGGAACUCCGGGUCCUCAACAGGUGCCAAGCCAUUAGUAAGGGCUC